AUGGCACUAAAGAUUUUAUCCUUUUUACUCCCAUUACUCGUGUUUACAAGCUGUGAACUCCUACAUGUGAUCGAAUUUUUCAGACACGGUGCUAGAACUCCCAUGGUUGAUUCUGACAUAAUCAAAACCGGUGCAAAAUAUAAAUAGUAGAGAAUUGACAGAGAAAGGGAUGGUAGAGGAGUUCGCACUUGGGAGAGAGUUUAGAGACAGGUACCUACCCCUACUAUCAAUACAUAAUUCAACAAAAUUUCAUGAACAAGACCUAUUCCCAUCAGAAAUCUUUGUCAGGUCAACCAGCAGAGAAAGGACAAUCAACACUGCAAAGAGUAAGUUAAUGGGAAUUUACUCACAAGACUCAGUUUGUGAACAACGACCAGAUAUAAUGAGGGCCAACUACGAAGCAGUGCACAACUAUGCUGAAGUCAAUGUGCCUAUAUAUACAGAGAACUAUCACGAGGAAGACGAAUUCUUAGGGAAUGGAAAUUGAUAUUUACUCCAAAUUGAUUGGCUCCAAAGGCUCAAUAAUAAAAGUUUCUGGAACACACUAAAUCAUCGAUAUGAUAAUCCCAGAUAUCACGAUUUGUACAAAACCUUGGAAGAGUACUUUUCAAUUAGUCUUAAAGAAAACUCUUUCGUGGCAGGGUACCUCCUUUCUGAUUACCUUAUCUCAAUGAAACAUGAAACAGGAGAGUCACCUAUUUUGGACGAAGAUUUGCUGAAUUCUUUCACUGAGGCAUUUAUGGAUAACAUACUGUCAGAAACAAGCCUAAAAGUAUUUGUUUCAAGAUUAUUAAGCCCCCUAAUACCCUUCCUUCAAGGCCAAGAGUGUCUGUUACCCAGAUCCAAGGCUAUCCUGAUAUCUACUCAUGAUUUUCACCUACAUCACAUCCUAAAAACAGUCUCCUCACCUCAACCAAUUCCGUUCUCUUCCAGAAUCACUUUCGAGCUUCACUCAGACCCAGCCAGAGUCUCUCUUCUCAAAGACGGGAAGCCUACAGACCUUAACGCUUGUGGGAGCCCUACAUGUUCCUUAUAGAAGAAUUUAUAGCUUACUUGGAAGACAAACUUUUGAGUCCUGAAGAAAUUAAGAAAUAUUGAAAGUUAAGAGAUGGAGAAGAGCCUAUAAGCAAGAACCUUGAUAUCCCUGGAGUCUUUUUGGAAUAUUUAGAAAGCAUCAAAGAAUAAAUUUACUCUUGAUAAAAAUGAUAUCACAAACCCUUCUUGCCAAAGCUGGCUUUGAUUACUAGCACUUUCUAUCAAUUAACUAUCCCUCAAGAAAUCUUUUUAAAAUUCAUAACACUCUAAUUUUGAAGUACAGAAGUUAAUUUUAUCUAAACAUUUUAAACCAAAAAUCUGUACUAAACCUUCCUUAAAAUCUCAUAUUCUUCCAAAUCUUCUCCUAACCCUGUAUUUCCAAUAUUCCUACACACCAUAAGCUCUCUUGCUAACACUUUAUCUUCUGUCUGUUUUUUAUCCUUAAUCUCCGAGUCUUCAUCAUUCCUGCCUCAAUUAUCCAAUUCUUCUUCAAUAAAUCUCUUGGCCACACAAGGUUUCUUCAAACCCAAAACUUCUAAAUUAACUUAAUUUCAACAAAAAUCUCAAACAGAUCUCUUAGGUGAAUCAAAGUCUUGGCCAAGGCUGUGUGGCUAUAAGUCGACAAAGGGGAGGAAGAGGAAAGAAGGGGUUUAGAUAAGAUGCAGUAAUAAGAUUUAAUACGAUUCUGGAAUUUUUCUAAAUUAAUAUACCAUAUAUUAACAUUGC